AUGCCCCAAUCUCUUCUUCUCUGGGAUGCUUUCGCGAUUUGUGAUGUACCAGACAAAGAAGAUAGGACAUGCUGUGGUCUUACCAAGCGAGGAAAACCUUGCAAACUCUUUGUGACAGAGGAAUUCCACCAAAUGGGCGUCAAGAAGUUGAAUAAGCUCUCACGCGAUCCCUUUGAUCUCCGCACCCUUCAAGAUAAGCUCCAGAACAUCGUCCCUCAUUUCCUUUGCGCACGGUGGCAUCGCCAACUUCAGGCCAACGAUGUCCGAGAGAGGUGGAAUGCAGCAGCCUUUCGCAACCAAGCUCUGGUAAACACGCCAGAAGUUCCUAUCACGGAGGAAGAGGAGCUAUUGUCAGAAGCCCACCUUCAUGUGGAGCCUACAGAACCGGGAGCUUCAGUGUCAUCCGACAGACCUGAUUCUGCUCGACCAACAUCGAGAUCCAGGGGAUCAUCUCAAUUUUCUGGCCGGAGGAUGGCAGAGGCUCUCCUGCGAGAGGAUGGACCUCCCUUGAAUAUUUCAGCCUCCUCACCAACCGUUGUGGUGAUCGAAGGGGAACAAGGAGGAGAAACUUGUCUUUACCUGCAAAGUUUCCGUCCAACUUCAAGCUUGGGAGACGAAACGUGUGGCAUCUGUCUAGGGGUAGAGCAGGAUGACCCCCUCGUCUUGAAAUGUAGCGAAUGCAUCUCUCAUGUGCAUUUAGGAUGUAUGUCAUCGUGGCUUGAGACUCUCGAGCCCGGAAGCAAGUCUUCUUGUGUAUUAUGUAAACGUGACGUACUAUUUCAUGUAUACUAUGAUAUGCCAACCGUGAUGGCUCUAUGGGACCAACAGCAAAGGCAGAUCUCGAUGGCAGAUCACUUGAGUCUAUCAACCACGGUAUGCGACAAUCAGCAACCGUCCGUUCCUAUCGCGCCUUCUGUUGAGACCCCUCCCACAUCUGCAGGAGCGGCGCCAACUACCGCUGGACCAAGUACACACCAGGUGCUCCAAAGGCCAGAAGAUGUGGACUAUCCAUGUCUCCCUACGACCUCUGCAUCCUCGGACCCACCAUCGCUACGCCGAUCGGAUAGAAGGAGACGGGCUCCUGAUCGUUACGAGCCGUAG